AUGCCCCCGUCCCCUCCACCUUCCCGAUGGGCGCGGGGGAACUCUGGCAGAGGCGCGGGGAGGGCGUCGCACACUUCUCCAACUAUUUCAAAACACAGAAAACAACACGCAGCCCGGGGGUGGAGGAGAGAUGACCACUGGGCCCCGGGCCAGCCUGGGGCGCCGCCAGACGCCGGUGUUGCCCGCUGGCGAAGGGCAGAGGGCUCGUCCUCCGCCUGGGUACGCUCCGGCUCCGGCUCGGGCGCUGCACCGCAGCUGGCGCGGGGGAUCGAGGCAGCCGGGCCUCGAUCGGAGGUCGGGCUGGCGGUGACACCGCGCCCCGUGCCCGAGCUGGAGCCUCUGCCCGCCACCUGCACCCCAAGCCCGGCCACUCGCGGCCGCCCCGCCGCCCUCUCCUCGCGGGUCCUCCCCGCAGGGGGUCUCGGAGCGCUCGGGAUCGCCCCCGACGGCGCGGGCAGAGCCUGGUGCUUCCACCGCAACGCGCGCGGCCAGGUGGACUGGGGCUACUGCGACUGCGGACGCGACGCCGCUGUCGCUUGUGGUUACCAGCUGGCAGCCCCAGUCAACCCCACCGUGUUCUUUGACUUUGCCACCGACGGCAAGGCCUUGGGCCGUGUCUGCUUUGAGCUGUUUGCAGACAAAGUUCCAAGGACGACAGAAAACUUUCAUGCUCUGAGCACUGGAGAGAAAGGAUUUGGUUAUAAGGAUUCUUGCUUUCACAGGAUUAUCCCAGGAUUCAUGUGCCAGGGUGGUAACUUCACAUGCCAUAAUGGCACUGGUGGCAAGGCCAUCUAUGGAGAGAAAUUGGAGGAUGAGAACUUCAUCCUGAAUGCACAUAGGUCCUGGUGGCAUCUUGUCCAUGAGGUAAAAGAAUACACAAAGCAAAGCCUGUUUUCUGGAUUGGAUUGGAUUCCCAUGAUGAGCAGUAUCUGUUGUCAAGGAGAUGAAGAAAAUAUGCUGCUGGGUGAAGGAGACAUCUAGGGCGGUGUGACCUUGGAGAUGGCAGCUGCUGUCAUGGGGAGCUUUUUCCAUGGCCCAGCGUUGCCUGCCAUUCGCCUGGUUGGAGGGAGCAGUGGGCAUGAGGGGCGAGUGGAGUUGUACCGCGCUGGCCAGUGGGGCACUGUCUGUGAUGACCAAUGGGACGACGCUGAUGCGGAGGUGGUCUGCAGGCAGCUCGGCCUCAGUGGCAUCGCCAAGGCCUGGAACCAAGCAUCUUUUGGGGAAGGGUUUGGCCCAAUAUUGUUGGAUGAAGUCCGAUGUACUGGGAAUGAAUUUUCAAUCGAUCAGUGUCCAAAGAGCCCCUGGGGAGAGCAUAACUGUCUCCAUAAAGAAGAUGCUGGGGUGUCCUGUACCCCUCUAACUGAUGGAGCCAUCCGACUUGCAGGUGGGAAAGGAAUCCACGAAGGCCGCCUGGAAGUGUACUAUAGGGGCCAGUGGGGGACCGUCUGUGACGAUGGCUGGACGGAGUCGAACACAUAUGUGGCUUGUCGACAGCUGGGAUUUAAAUAUGGCAAACAAGUCUCUGCAAACCAUAUUGAAGAGAGCUCAGGGCCCAUAUGGCUGGAUGAUGUCAGCUGCUCUGGGAAGGAAAGCCAUUUCCUGCAGUGUCCCAGGAAGCCGUGGGGCCGGCAUGACUGCAGCCACCGAGAAGAUGUGGGCAUCGCCUGCUACCUUGGCAGCGAUAUGCGCAGACUUUCCCAAGGUUUUCCUAUCAGAUUGAUGGAUGGAGAAAAUAAGAAAGAAGGACGAGUGGAGGUCUUUAUCAAUGGCCAGUGGGGAACAAUCUGUGAUGAUGGAUGGACGGACAAGGACGCCACUGUGAUCUGCCGGCAGCUUGGCUAUAAGGGUCCUGCCAGAGCAAGAACCAUGGCUUAUUUUGGGGAAGGAAAAGGCCCCAUCCACAUGGACAAUGUGAAGUGCACAGGAAACGAGAAGUCUCUGGCCGAUUGCAUCAAACAAGAGAUUGGAAGACAUAACUGCCGCCAUAGUGAAGAUGCAGGAGUUAUUUGUGAUUAUUUUGGCAAGAAAGCAUCAGGAAAUAGUAAUAAAGACACCUCGUCCUCUGUUUGUGGGUUGCGAUUAUUGCACCAUCGACAGAAGCGGAUCAUUGGUGGGAAAAAUUCCUUAAGGGGAGGCUGGCCUUGGCAGGUGGCCCUCCGGCUGAAGUCAUGGCAUGGAGAUGGCCGGCUCCUUUGCGGAGCGACGCUGCUGAGUAGCUGCUGGGUGCUGACGGCGGCACACUGUUUCAAGAGGUAUGGUAACAAUACCAGGAACUAUGCUGUUCGUGUUGGGGAUUAUCAUACUCUGGUGCCGGAGGAAUUUGAAGAAGAAAUUGGAGUUCAACAGAUUGUGAUUCACAGGGACUAUCGGCCAGAUAGCAGUGACUAUGACAUCGCCCUGGUGAGGUUACAAGGACCAGAGGAGCAAUGUGCCCGAUUCAGUAGUCAUGUAUUGCCAGCUUGUUUACCCCUUCGGAGAGAGAGGCCACACAAAACUGCCUCCAAUUGUUAUAUAACAGGAUGGGGAGACACAGGACGAGCCUAUUCAAGAACACUCCAACAAGCAGCCAUCCCCCUACUUCCCAAGAGAUUUUGUGAAGAACGUUAUAAGGGCCGGUUUACAAGGAGAAUGCUGUGUGCUGGAACCCUCCACGAACACACGAGUGUGGACAGCUGCCAGGGGGACAGUGGAGGACCACUUGUGUGCCAGCGGUCUGGAGACAGCUGGGUUGUGUAUGGAGUGACAUCUUGGGGAUAUGGUUGUGGACUUAAGGAUUCCCCUGGUGUUUAUACCAAAGUCUCAGCCUUUGUACCUUGGAUUAAAAGUAUCACCACUUUAGCUCCUUGA